AUGCAAGCGCUCGAUGAACAAAAAGCCGUAUUCUACUCAAUGUGCUACAUUAUUCAGAUACAAGGUAAUGAGAGAAGUGAAGGCAUGGCCAGGUUCUUUUAUGGACAAAUUCGGUUUACCUUCUCAGAGAAAAAUAUGGAAUCGAAGAGAGAAUUAGUCAAUAACACAUCUGGUUCACUCAAAUGUCGUUCUAAUAAUUAUUCUACAACACGUAGAACUACGAAGCGAUUGAGAAAGGCCAAUAGAGUUGCGGUGGCAGUGACCGAAACGGGAGUUAUGAGGCUAAAGACGCGAGGUGAAAUUUACAUAAUCACUGGAGCGUCUGCGUUACACAUCGAUCAAUAA